CAGUGCUGAUGACUGAGCACUAGUCAGAACAGUGAUUUGUCAUCAUCGGUUGGCUCUCUGAGAACUGAGUUUCAGAAAGAAAGGUGCCCGAUUUGAGUGACUCUCCAAAGAGUUGAACUAUGAAGCAGAAACAAAAAAGAAAACAUCUGGAAAGUGCAUACUCCCUUCAGACUGCAAAGAUGUCAAGAGGAAAAUUGAAUUUACAAAAUGAUGCUCUGCUGUGUGGACACGAGGUGCUGGCCCCGAGUCAAGAUGAGAAAGCAGGGGAGGCUUCCUCCUCUUCCUCAGAUUACUUCUCCUGCAUCUCAUCUGCAGACAAGCUCACUGGUGCUGGAAUCUCAAACCUACACAAAUAUGGUCCACAAUCUGAGUACUCUUUGGAGGACAAUACCCGGGGCCAUGAGGCAAGAGACUCGUCCUCUGAAUUAGAAUACUUCUCCUGUGAUUCCUCUCUGUACAUGCUGUCUUAUUCUGAAUUCUGGAAGUCACAAGAGGAUGCUCCUGAGACAUGUGUGGUGGUCCCAGUCUGGAGUCAGGCAGCAGAAGAGAAUCCCUCUGCCUCAGAGUAUUUCUCCUGUGUCUCCUCUGCACGCAAGCUCUUUCUUGCUGAUGAGGAUGCCAACAGGUCCUUUAUGUCCCCAGUACAUAUGAAAAAGGAAACAGCCAUGAAAAUUUACUACACAUAUGUCCAAAUGAAAAGGGGUGUGGCUGUCUUAUGGGAUAGAGAGAAAGAACUGGAGCCCCCACGAAAGAAGAUAAGAAUAGAAGAAAUGACCUUUCCUGAGAAGAUCCAUAGAGAAGUUACCCCUUCUCUCAGGUCUGUGAAAGAACUCCUAACUGACAGUGAGUCCAACCUGGACAGCAAAGCCCAAGAGGAAAGGGAAGGGGCUGAUAGCCUGACAGAGCCUCCAGUUCUGGAGGAGAGUUCCAGGGCCAGGACACCUGAAUGGCUGGUGGCCCUGGACAGUGGCUUCAGGUGCAUGGCCUGCUGCCGGGUCUUCCCCAGUGUGGAGGCCCUUCAGAAGCAUGUGGAGCAUGGAGUGAAUGAGGGCUUUAGCUGCCAUGCUUUCCAUCUUGCCAGGGCCUGGCUAAAGAGCAAAAGAAACAGGAAAGGGAAGAGAAAGAGGAGGAAGAUGAAGAAAAUCAAGACAAUGGCAUACAAUAAGGAAAAACAUAUUGACCUGAAAACGACAUCCUCACACAAACAAAUGGACUGUGUUAUCAGCCCCUAAAAGAAAGGAAUUGAGGCAGUCCAGACUCUAUUGAGGAAGCUUCAUCUUCUAUAAGCAGCUGUAGAACCUGCCUUUGUUUACAUAUACCUACCACCAUCACCACUCCCACCACACCACCAGUAAGAUCAGAGAAUCCCUUUUAAUAAUAUCCACUGCUCUCCCCAGAAGGAAGGAGAAGAUGGCAGACUACACCACACAGAAGAGUAAUAUGUCCUUAUACAAACUAAAGAACAAUGAACACCAGUGUAUCAUCUCCAGCACUAGAGUUGAGAAAAGGAGAUUCACUGGAAGUAGAAACUGCUGUGGGCUGGACUGUAGAAGAGGUGAGGGCUCCAUGGGUAGGAAAGUACCCCCAAAUACUUGGGAUUCAGAGUUCUAAGAAUAGGGGAGGGGAUCAAUAUCAGGGAACUUCAUAACAGAUACCUCCCAAAGUUUAGUAACCCUCUGGUGAAGAAUUUCUUUCAGAAGAAUACAUACACAGAAACGAAACAUUUGAUUGAUGACAAAAUAAGAGAAUGGGUCCUGCCCACAUCUUGUGAGGGAUCAGGAGCAAAGACCUGCCUGGCAAUUUGGCUGAGCCAAGGAGAUUCACAGCCCUUCUAGGUUUAUUCUUUGGCCUGUCUCCUGUCCAAGAGGCACAGGGCAAGGCGGAGGCAGGGCUCUGUCCCCAAGGAAGGGUUGAUGUGCAGGCCAACCAUAGUCCUGUCCUUUCCCUAAAUGUGGCUGAGAUCUUGGCCCUUGUGAUUUUCAUACCUAGGGGGAGACAACUGAGGUGUGUUCACCAUUCACAAGCCACAAGGAGUGGAUUCCUUUUUUUUCCUCCCUAGGAAAAAUUUUUCAUAGUAUGUACUAGAAGCCAGGAGUAAAGGCCAUUUCCUCAAAGGCAUCAAGUGUAACUGGGAAAUGUGGGAGAUAUAGAGGCUACCGUCUGUCAUAGGUCCUUUCUGUAAACUUUCAAUAUGAUUCGCUUCAUAGAGGACCCUCAUGGACUUUUAUGAAACUUCACAGUUCUCACAUCUUUCCUUUCUUUUUGUUACAGCUUCAAGUGUCUUAUUCUAAGUGAACAGCAGAGAGGAGAACAGACAAAGCUGCAAAGACUUUUGCAGAGCUAGGGUCAUACUGCAAUAAAUAAAUAUGUCUUUUAUAGGUAAUGGACAAAUGAAAGGCUCAUCUCCUAUGCCCCAGAACUCACAGAUAUAAUGAAACCUGAAAAUUGCCCUGAGUUUUCUAAAUAAUGCAGGAAAUCCCGAGAGUGGCUCAGCACUUCUUACUACAAUAAGAAAAGCUGCCUUCCUCAAUUGAAUGUAUUCGUCUCUGUGUUUCGGUUUAGUUCAGAGUGUAAGUUCUGUAUCAUUCCACAUGGGUGCGGGUUACAGUGUCAGUGCAAUUUACAAAGCUUUUGUUAUCCUUCUUUGGAGCCAUCCUGAACAUGUGCCACUCUUGAGGUAGUCAGGGACUUGGCACAAAAUGGAUACACAAAAUAGUUUUCCAGUCAUUUUCAAUUUUUAAUGCAGCUCAUUUGAAGCUUAAUUAUAUGGAAGUAUUAGGUUUUGGAAGUCUCCUUAUUAAAUACAAUGCUAUGUAUAUUAACCUUAUCGCACACUAACUGACGUGUUUCUUUAGGGACUGAGCUAGCUUCUUGUCUUCGGCAAAGUGAUAUAUACCACUGAGGUCUACAGUGGAUUUCGUUAAAUGGAAAAGAAAAUAAACUUUUUUACCUGCUACUGAUUUUAUUUUUGGAAUUUACUAUUAAUUCUUGUUUUCUAUAUACUGACUACUAAGUCUAAUAUUUGUAUGGAUUUUAUUAACCUUGAUUUU